AGCAUCUGUGACUCUAGAUGAGAAGAAGAUUAAUGUUAUGGACUUUCUCUGGAUGUCCUUUUUAAAUUAAGUAUGAAGGCUGAAGACUAAGGGAAAUGAUGGAAUCCACAAUGAACUAUUUUGCUCUGCUAGUGAUUUCAGCCUGUUUCAUCUUGUGUACCUCUGCAAAAUACCACCAUCAUAAUCAAGACAAGGGCAAAGAGCUAAAAUACCUCAUGGAACCUCUGGUACAUGCUGAGGUCACUGCUCGUCGUGGACACACAGUUGUUUUGCCCUGCAUGAUGAGGAUCAAACCACUGCAGUACAGAGUAAAGUGGACAAAAAUCGACCCCCCUAGUCAAGGAGUGGAAAACAUAGUGCUUAUAACAAAUGGACAUGCAGAUAAGCAGUAUGGCUCACUGGGGCCUCGAGCGUCUCUCCUGCGUGCACAUGACCGGGAUGUUUCCCUCCGUUUGACCGAUCUGGAGCUUGAAGAUGAUGGCAGCUACCGCUGUGAACUGAUCAACGGCAUUGAGGAUGAAAGUGUUACUAUUACGCUGAGGAUUGAAGGGGUUGUAUUUCCUUAUCAGAGUCACCAUGGUCGGUACACAUUCACUUUCUUUGAAGCUCAAAAGGCCUGUGCUGAACAGGAUGCAACACUUGCCACCUACAAGCAGCUUUACCGGGCCUGGACUGAAGGGUUGGACUGGUGCAAUGCUGGAUGGCUGAGCGAUGGAACUGUCAAUUACCCAGUCCUGCACCCACGGCCGGCUUGUGGAGGGGAUCUUCUAUCAGGCAUCCGAAGUUAUGGACCUCGUCACAAAACACGGGACCACUAUGAUGCUUUCUGUUUCACCUCUACCACUAAGGGCUCUGUUUUCUUCAUUCCAGGGCAGUUGAAUUUUGUCGAGGCUGAACAUGCCUGCAGACGGGAGGGUGCCGGUCUAGCGAGGACUGGUCAGAUCUUCUCAUCUUGGAAGUUUCAGCAGCUGGACCGCUGUGAUGGAGGCUGGCUGCAGGAUGGUAGUGUACGAUUCCCCAUCAUCAACCCGAGGGAGCGUUGUGGAGGGAUUGCAGAACCAGGGGUUCGGAGCUUUGGGUAUCCAAGCAAAAGUUUGCAUCUUUAUGGGGCUUAUUGCUACAGAAAGCCAAAGUAGGCUCACCAGAGGGCUCCCAUCUGACCAACGGAAAUCUCCCUCGAUGGUCUUGUCAUUGAGACCAGUCCACUGAUAUUCCCUGUAUUUAUCUAAGGAAAGAGAAAAGCAAAGAAAUGCCAAAUAACCAGCAUACACUGUCAGUAAGACACAACACAGACCAGUUUAACACCCGGAUGCAUCAUAUAUGACAAAGAAGCAUGGGCUGUUUUAACACAACCCUCAUUCACUGACAUGAAUAAGGUGACAUGUUCAAAGCCCUUCAACGUUUUGAUGAUUGUAUAGAAAUGCAGAGGAAAAUGCUGGGCCCCUCAAUGUUAUGUCAACAAACUUGGUCCUUUAUGAAUUCCUUUAUGUACUGUAAGCUAAACCGCUUCAGCAGCUUGACACACCUCUUUUUGACUCUUUAUUUAAGCAAUAUCACUCAGGCAAGAGUGCUGCUUUUCUGAUUCAGUCAUAUGGUUGCGGAAUAUAUUGCUUUUAUGUAACAGUUCAGUAAACAAGAAGUUAGUAUAGGCUA